GCGGAGCCCGGGUGGGAAGUGAGCUCAGGCGCACAGGAAAUCCCGCCCGUGCCGCGGCCCUGUGUUUGCGCUGCGGGCAGAGAAAGGAGCGGAGCGCCUGCAGCGGCCCAGCCGAGCCUGCCGCACGACACGGGGCCGAGCCAUGUCUGACCAGGAAGCAAAACCUUCAGCUGAGGACUUAGGAGAUAAGAAAGAAGGGGAGUACAUUAAACUCAAAGUCAUUGGGCAGGACAGCAGUGAAAUUCACUUCAAGGUGAAAAUGACAACACACCUCAAGAAACUCAAAGAAUCAUACUGUCAAAGACAGGGUGUUCCAAUGAAUUCACUCAGGUUUCUCUUCGAGGGUCAGAGAAUUACUGAUAAUCAUACCCCCAAGGAGCUGGGGAUGGAGGAGGAAGAUGUGAUUGAAGUUUAUCAGGAACAGACGGGGGGUCACUCAACAGUCUAGAUCCUUCUGAUUUUCUUCCCCCUUAAUCCUUUUUUAUUUUUAAAUAAUAGUUCUUUUGUAAUGUGGUGUUCAACACUGAAACUGGCACCCCAUCUCUGGGAGUUUACUUUCAAGCGUCUGGUAUUUUGAAUUCUCGUGCUCAUUAUACACUAUUGUUUCUGUUUUCAUUGUGCUGAACUUCUGUGAUCCAACUGCAACCUUGCUCCCCUCUUCCCUUCUGCCCUCCCCUUUAGGAAUACAUGUACUCACAUGCAUUUGUAUGUUCACUGGGUUCGUGCAUUUCAGGCACGAAGGCUGUAAGAUCUGCCAGGUGGGCGAGUGUUCUUAACGACUUCCAUAUCUGCCCUGAAGUUUUGAUGUGUGACUGUCUCACUCCUGGACUAUAACUUUCAGUGCGAGAUGAAGUUUUUCAGAGAACUAAACUGUGGAGAAGUUGUGUGUAUCCAUAACUCAGAGCUAUUUUGCUUAAAUUGUGCUGAUGGCCCAAUGAAGAAGAUUGCCGAGAUGGAAAUGGAAAAGCUAGAACUGUUGUCAUCUGUUCCUUGCUCCAGAGAUGGCUUUGCUGAAGACGUGAAAUUGAAAGCCCUAAUGAUUUUUAAAUAUUACCGGAAGAGCCCAGAAGCAUUUUAACCUCAUAUAGCAAUUAGUACGUACAGGUAUCCAUGCAAGAAUGUUCACAGCAGCCAACUGGUGUUACUUUGACACUCUUGUUUGUACCUUUUGGCCUGGGACGUGGGUUUUGAAUGGACAUUGUCUGUACCAGCUUCAUUUAAAAUAAACAAGAAAACCAAUUUUAUAAACAA